AUGUAUCCUCAGAAUGUACGCGUGGCUAGAACCCUGAGCGGUGCCACAACUUCUACUGUCGCACCAUCCGAUUCAUCCUACUCUGGCCCCCGCGGUCCAACGUUUCCCUAUGGCUUGUACCAGCAAAACACGAUGGCCGGUCCAAGUGCCCUGCCAGCAACCGACAUUCCCGUUGGAUUCCCCAGUAUGGCUGAUAAUUAUCGACGUCGCAUCGGUCCCGACGGCGAGGAUGUUGCCGAUCUAAUUGGACCUGACGGUCAUACUGAGCAGCUGCCGCCAUACACGAGAUAUCCGGACGAAGCAUACACUCGCAAGAUUGCCGCCUCCAACGUACAACCACAUUACGACCCACUAGCUGAUCCACUGGCCGGCUCUGUAGCAACUGGACCAACAGCUCCAAAUACAGUGCCAGUUGCAGUACCUGCAGCGGUGCAAGCCGCAGUGCCGGACCCAACUCAUGUGCAACCUGUUACCUCAUCGGGUGAAACAGCAUCAACUUCCGCACAUAUUGCGGUACCUGCCCCCAUACAACUUAUCCCUGGCGCCGGGGGAAUUGGGCUGGCUUCACGCAAUCCAGAGUUUGAUGGUGUGGAGGGCGCCGAGUCACCCCGCUCUCGGUACUCUUUGAGAAGCUUCACCACGGAGGGAAGUGGGCGCGAAAUCAACACGGAAGCGCGGAAUAUAAGCGAGAAACGCAAGCACAAAGCUCCACACUUCGUUCAACGCUACGGCGGACGCCGCAUCCUCGGCGUUAUUCCCUACUGGGCUAUCUGCCUCGUCAUCACCGCCCUCUUAUUGAUGGGUAUCGUUCUCGGCUCUGUCAUUGGUACAUUUGUGUCUAGACACAGACGGGCCCAAGAACUCCACCACUCGUAA